CCGAAGAGGUUUUGUUCGUUUGUCAUGAAUGGUGUGAGAAACGCAAUUUUAUUGCGGAAAUUUUCGAUUAGUUCGUUUUGAAUGCAAUCAAUUGAUGUCAGAUUUGGUUAAUAAUUGAUCAGUGUUGCGUUUAGUGUGUGGUAAAUGUUGGAACAAUUCUGAUUAGUUUCGAUUUGGAAUUGCAAGUUUUCCCUCCAAAUUGCGAUGCCUCUUUUGAAGCGAAAGCCUUUCGAAAAAGCACCGGUCCCUGAAGAUAUCCGCGAUGACGAGGAAGUUUUCUAUUGUGGGGCCACCAAUGAGAUUUUUCGGGAUUACGAGGAUUUUUCCGAGAGGAUGUUUCUGUGCAAUUCGAUGAUUUGGACAUGUGCUAUGACGGGAAAACCGAAUUUGACAUAUGCUGAGGCUUUAGAAAGUGAGGAAAAUGCAAGGAAAAGCCUCAAAGAGUUCCCAGCUGAACUCAAAAUCCCCAUACUCUACCUCGCGAGUAGGACUAAAAGGACGUCUUUUGUUGACAUGGUCGAAGACGUAUUUUUGUACACCAAAGACAGGUAUUUUAUCGGUGAAAACGUUGAAACUUCAUUCACCGAAACAAAAUGGAAAGAUUCACACGUGUUGCAAGUCAUACCACCCAAAUCACCGACUAAAAACGGGAACACCGACAAGCCCUUGGCCACUCUCUACAAAUACGAAAUCGAGCAUUUCGAUGCCAACGAUUGCGACAUUAGUGAAUUUAUGAUCGUUGAUUGUACACAAAUUCGACGCAAAAAAGGCACAUAUUCGCGUGAAAAAUGUAAAUUGUUUCUUAAACAAUACGUCGAGCAAGACACUCGAGGCAUUUUUGUUAUAAAACCAACAGCUUUGGAAGCUUUUAAUUUGGAAAAAAUCACAUUUGAUAAGAUUUUUGAUGGUCAACCGCCCGAAUUUAGUCCAUCGAAGAAAUUCGUCAAGAAAACACGACAAGAAUCACUUGAUAAAUACCUCACAAAAAAUACAAACUUUACCAAAAACGGUAACAAUGACUUAAUGGAACGAAUGAGAAAGAAAGAAGAAGAAUUCAAAUUGGCCAAACAACAAAAAAAAGAGAUGAAAAACGAAAUGAAACAAAAGAAAAAAGAGGAAAAUCUUCAACUUGCCAAACAAUUGAAAAAUUGGAAUAAACCAAAAGAGGAUCUAGAACUUGUUGAUCAAAAAAAAUUACCAAAAGCGAGUCCUGUAAAAUUGAAAAUUGCCAACGAGUACGUGGGGGAUGUUUUAAUGGUGCUAGAAUUUGUAAAUACAUUUUCGAAGCUUUUGCAUACCAAGGACUUUUUCCCAGGGGGGCUCUCAGUGGACAUUAUGGAAAGGGCAUUGACAGAAAAUGAGGUGGCUGGCCCCCUUAUCGACCUGAUUCAAAUGCUAUUGAUUGCACUUUUUCAUGUGCAAGAAGAGGAGGCGUCUCAAUAUCGCACUGAAACUGAAACUUUAAACCUGAAACAGGAUGAAAUUUCCGAUAAUAUGAAUCUUCAUGAGGCGACUCGUUUAGCGACUAUUGCUGCCGGUUGGAGUAAAAAAUAUCAAGGACUUCCAUUGGCUCAAUUGCCACUUUAUUCACUAACAACAUCGGAAGUGUUAAGAUUACAUCUUUUGUCAUCUGGUGCUAUAAUAAAAUUGACUGGUGCUAGAUGGCGCUAUCAGCAAAGAGGUGGUUAUUUGAGUGAAGACGAUCCUGGAUUGUAUUUAAGACUACAUAGCCCCCAUAUUUUGAAAGCUUUAAAGACACACAAUGUUGUUGAAUUGUCAAUUGGUGAUAAAUUGCAGAUUUUGUCAUGUUUAAUGAAUCAAUUAUUGACAUAUGCUGAUGUUAGAGAUGUUGUUGAAGAGAGAAUGGAGAGUAUUCGACAAGCAAAAGUUGAAUAUAAAGCCAUUUUAGCUGUGGAAAAAAAGCGAGAACAGGAGUUUUUAACAGCGAGAUUUAAGCUCCGAAAAUCGGCGAAAACAGACGAAAAAGCAGCGAAUGAAUUACGCAAAUUGGAGACGGAAGCCGAACAUAAACGUAUGGAAAAUCAACGUAAAAUGGAAGAGUUUCAAAAGGCGGCGUAUGAAAAACAAGUUUUAAUAGGACAGGAUCGGGCUUUUCGACGUUUUUUCCGUCUUGAAUCCGUCCCUGGAUUCUUCCUAAAUUCCGAAGAAGAGAAUCCAGGGACUUGUCUAAGCAAUAUUAUCGAACAAAUACCACAUUUAGUCGAUGCAACACGUGACGAAAUUUUAGAACAUUUGAAAAAAACACUCAACGAAUCAAAUUCCAGCGAUAAAGAGAAUAGUCCGACGAAAAAUCGUAAAAAUGGUCAAUGUAACGGUGUUUUAGAGCAAAAAAUUCAACUUUGCGACGAUUUAAUGAUGUGUUCAUCGAAUCCUGAGACUUGUAUUGUUCAUUCAAAGGAUCGGAGAAAAGAUUUAUGGGGGUUUUACCACGAAAACGAUCAAAUUGAUCAAUUAAUUGGUGCUUUAAAUAAACGAGGAGUGCGUGAAAGUGAAUUACAGCAAAAUUUGGUUUGUAAUCGAGAGGAAAUUGCGAAAUUGAUUCGUGAAACACCAGUCAAUAGUUUGAAUUUUGAGAUGGAAAAUCGAGAAGAAUUCAAACGUAAUAAUAAAAAAAUGAAAAAUAAAUAUGAAGAUGCUAAUUUGGGGUAUCCUAAUGAUAUGUCCCCAACAGAAGUCCAGCAUAAUGCCCUCAUCGAGAAUAUCCUCGAAAUGGAGGAGAAAAUCUUUGCGGGGAGUCUGGGGGCGCUCAAUAUUAAAGAUCGAGAAAAGUGGAGGAGCGACCUACAGAAUAAAAAUUACAAAGAAUUUGAUAAAAGUCUCACAAAACAACAGAUCGAAAAUUCCCAAAAUCAUGAAUAUGUUACUUCAGGACAGGAUUUAAUCCCCGAUAUUGACAAUAAUGAAAAUCCCCUAACACAAAACGAUGAAAUUAAAGAUGCAAUUCAGUGUUUGGCAGUGGCUUUGGCUCAAGUGGCACAAGCUGUUGAACCAAAAUUCCUCAAAAAACCACUAGGAUGUGUCACCACUGGUCGUAAUAAUAGUAAAAUGGAUGAAAAUGCUAUAAUUAAAUGGGAACAAUCCUUGUUGGCAUCGACAAGUUUCAGUCAAAUUUUUCUACAUUAUAGUACACUAGAUUCUUGCGUUUUGUGGGCAAGAUCUGUGCUCUUGACCCGAUGUAGAAUUUGUCGACGUAAAAACGACUCGGAAAAUAUGCUACUAUGUGAUGGGUGUAAUUUGGGACAUCAUUUGUACUGUUUGAAACCGAAAUUGAAGAGUAUUCCGCCUGGCGAUUGGUUUUGUGAUAAAUGUGAGAAAGAGAAGAAAGUACCUGAAGUGGUCGAAUCGCCGCCGAAGAAACGUCCGAUUUUUCGCGAUGAAGAAAUCGAAGAAGAAGAAUCAGAAGAAGAAGAAUUGGAGAGUAAUAAUGAAGAUGAUGAUACUGAAGAUGCUGAAGAAGAGGAAGAACAGGAUGAAAACGAUGAAACGACUCCUAAAAUCGAUUUAUGUAAAACUUGUGGUUCAGGUGGCGAAUUGAUUCAAUGUGAAAAUUGUACAAUCAGUUAUCAUGUUGAAUGUGCGGAACCACCAUUACGACGCGCCCCCAGAGGUCCAUGGUAUUGUACGAAAUGUAAGAAAAAUAACGAUAGAAAACGAAACUAUGACACGAGCUACUGUAAUGGUACCGUGGUACAGCGCACUGGAAAAAUCAAUGGCCAGCGUCGCUGUGCUGCAAAAGCCUUGUAUAAAAUCCACGAUUUUGCAAAGAGUCUUCGAGAACACUCAGAUUCUGACGAUUCAAGCGAGGAGGAAGUGAUUAGUAAACGAGCGACUCGUCGCGAUGAGGGGAGAACCGAUUUGCCGUUGCAUAAUUCUGCAUUGCAUGCGGUUUUGUGUGAAGUGAUGAAAGAUGCAAAUGCUUGGCCAUUUUUGCGACCGGUUCAAAAGACUGAGGUGCCUGAUUAUUACGAUGUUAUAACAAAACCAAUGGAUUUUGGUACAAUUAAGUAUAAAUUGAACAUGGGGGAAUAUAAGGAAGAUUCACAGUUUAUGGCAGAUGCAGUUUUGGUGUUUCAAAAUUGUAAUACGUAUAAUCAUACCGAGGAUGAUGUUUACAAAUGUGGUGUACAGUUACUUAGACUUUUUCAGAAGAAAUGUCGCGAGUUGGGGUUAAAACUUCCUGAUGAGAUGGAUUAUAAUGACCCAAAUGCACGUCCUAAAAAGAAAAUUCGCACGAAAUAGUAUUAUAUAGUAUUCUUAUUUCUAUAUUAAAAUUGUACAUUUUUCUUUUCUCUAAAUUUACUUUUGAUUUGUACGAUGUAAUCAUUUUAGCUGUUUUUGUAGGUACUAUUUAUGAAUAUUAAUUUUUUACAUUAAAAAAGUCUU